AUGCCUCGACAACUCAGAUUGGAAACUUGCUGGACUUGCCGGCUGCGCCGGAAGAAAUGUGACGGCACUCGACCAACCUGCCGAAACUGCGCCGACCUGAACAUAGAAUGUCACGUUGGCGCGCACAAGCCGGCCUGGAUGAAUGAUGAGGCGACGCAGCGCGAGAUGGCUCGACGGAUCUCUGACCGAAUCAAAGAGGGCGCGGUCGGGAGACGAGUGAGGCAAGGACGCGGGGGCGGGGAGGUUGGGCAGGGAGAUGAGAGUUUUCGGAUCCUCCCGGUCAUAACGAACAAGACGUCUCCACUGGAGUCUGCCUCAGGCAGCCAAAACGAUGAUGAUGACGAUGCAGAGACGAGGCAUGAAUCGGCUACUUCUUCAUCGGUAGUGACCACGACAAUCUCGGAUCAGGAGGCAACAGCAACCUCCAUGGCCACGUCACCGAGCCUGCCGUCCGGCUGGUUUAGCAGUGGCUCAGAAAGAACAGAGGAGGACGAUCGGGAGGAAGUACCACACGAGCACGUCAUGAUGGGCUACUUGGACUAUUGCUUCCCCUUCAUCUUCCCCUUCUACCGCACGCCCAUGCUCGGCACAAGCAGGGGCUGGAUUCUCUACCUCCUCCAGAGCAAUACGAUCGCCUCCAACUGCGCAGCAAGCCUCGGCUCCUUCUUUCACACCAGCGUGGCGAACGAGAUCCUUCCCAACGGACACACGCGCUGCAAGGCCCAUAUCUGGGCUCGCGUGAUGAAGACGGCCGACAAGUGCUACAAGGCCAUCCAGCUGGAGCUGCUGCAGCUCAAGAACGGCGGUGCCGUCGGCGUGUCGGAGAGAGCAGCCGCUAUGGGCAGUAUUGUGCAACUGAUGGUGUUUGACUUGUUUGUCGGCAGGUCUGAGGGCUGGGAGAUGCAUCUCCGUCCGGCAUUGAUCUUACUGGAUGGCAUGUUGACUGAGUACCUCGACAGCGGCUCAUCCUCAUACUACAAUGGCCACGAUCGUGAUGAUACUAAUGCCUCUCAAUUGGUCUGGUCUCAUGAACAGGCAGCUUUCCGCUUCUUCGCUGCCCUGUUGCUGUACAUGGACGUGGUGGCAGCCGUAACGUUGGGCCGCGCGCCACUACUGGGGAAAUGGUAUGACCAGAUCCUGAGAGAGGACGAGAUGAAUGAUCUCUCACCGUUCCUGGACAUGUCACUGUUCGUCGGAUGUGCAAAUUGGUGCCUGGUUGCCGUUGCGGAGAUCGCCGCUCUCGACGCGUGGAAAACCGAGGCGAAGAAAAAUGGUUCCCUGUUCGUUCCAGACAUGGUCGAGCGUGCAGCAAAAAUCACCCGCCAACUUGACCAAGCACGGAGGGAUGUGGACGCCAAAAGGGUAGCUUCAGCCAAUCCCCAGGCUCACGUCUCGAUAGAUGUGUGGGAGCACGCAGCUCGGAUCUAUCUCGCUGUCGUCGUGUCGGGGUGGCAGCCCCUGAACCCAGAAAUUCGUAACAGCGUCCAAGAGAUUCUUGGUCUGCUAAACCGCCUAAGGGACAGAGACUUUCAGGAUGGAGCGGCUCAACUGCGUGCUCUGGCCUGGCCAGUCUGUGUUGCGGGUUGUUUGGCGGAUUCGGAGGCCGUAGCCGACACUUUCAGAGAUGUAAUUCAGGAGGUCAUGGGCGAGAUGGCAAAAUUUGGGAGCAUGCAUGAGGCUCUUCAGAUUAUGGAGUGGGUGUGGCGAAACAGAGACACCCUCGAAGCGAUUCGGUGUGAAUGGGAUAUCCGGACGUGUCUAUCAUGUCUGAAGUCGCCAGUGUUGCUGGUUUGA